AUGGCAAAUGGUCGCAUGCAUCAUCAACUGAUACUUGGGUUCCGGGCCUUGGCUCCGAGUGCCACUAGUUCCGACUUGUUAGGCGGCACGUUACUCUCUCCGCCACACCCGCCAUAUCCUAUUAUCUCACAUCAUGCCGUGCCCACCACCGCUACUCAGCUCUGGCAGAUGCCUGAUCUCGGCGCCGGCUGGCGUGAUGGCCGUCGCCCAAGGGUACCAGGCCGGGUUGCCUAUCCGUCCCAAACUCCGAGUCAAGCCAAGGACCCAUCUGUUUAG